UCUCUUUGAUCUUUUCCUUCCAUUCUAAAUUCCAACAUCACCAAUCAUAUAAUAAAUUAAUUAAUACUAAUAACCACUUGUUCACUAUAUAAUCACCUUAUAUAUUCACAUACAAAUUCAUUCAUUAUCUCUUAUCACUAAAAAAACCAUGGCCGUCCAAAAAAUCAUAACCACACCAAUUUUGAUUUUUCUAAUGACCCUUUUCUUCAAUGCACCAUCAUCAUCAUGUUCUAAUAAUUUUGGUGUUAGAUCUGCAUAUUGGCCUGCAGGUGGUGACUUUUCACCUUCUUUAAUCAACACAAACUACUUCACUCACAUUUUCUAUGCUUUCAUUCAACCCGAACCUGUUUCAUUCAACCUUAUUAUCACCAAAUCCGACCAAAAAUGGGCCCACAACUUCACCAAUGAACUCCGCCACCAUUUCCCGCCGGUGAAAACUCUUUUAUCCAUCGGAGGAGGUGGAAGCAACUCAACACUCUUCUCUGAAAUCGCUAGCACAAAACAAAACAGACAAAUCUUCAUAAAUUCAACAAUCCACGUGGCACGAAAAUACGGGUUCGACGGUGUUGACUUGGAUUGGGAAUUUCCUCAAAAUCAAAAUGACAUGUUUAACCUCGGAUUGUUAUACGAGGAAUGGUAUAAUGCUUUGGUUGCCGAAGCUAAGGUUCGGAGAAAACCACGUUUACUUUUGACUUCCGCUGUUUAUUAUAAUUCCACAAUUAGACUUAUUGGUAAUGGGCCUAGGUCAUACCCGGCCCAAGCUAUCAAUAAAUACUUAGAUUGGGCCAGCCCAAUGACUUUCGAUUAUCACGGCUCGUGGGCUAAUAACACGGGCUUCAACGCUGCUUUGUAUGACCCGAAAUCCGAAAUUAACACACAUUUUGGAAUCGGGUCAUGGAUCAAAGCAGGCGUACGAGCCAAAAAGUUGGUUAUGGGCUUAGCGUUAUACGGGAGGACAUGGGAGCUUAAGGAUCCGAAUCUUAACGGGGUCGGAGCGGAAGCAGUCGGGCCCGCGGUCGAUACCGAUGGAAGUAUGAACUAUGUUGAGAUUUUGAAGUUUAAUAAAGAGAAUGGUGCAAAUGUUGUGUAUGAUAAGAUUGCCGUGUCUUUCUAUUCUUAUGCGGGGAGUACUUGGAUUGGGUAUGAUGAUGGGCUUUCUAUUAGGACUAAGGUUGGGUUUGCCAAGUCAUUGGGCUUAAAGGGCUAUUUCUUUUGGGCUCUUGGGAAGGAUAAGGAUUGGAGCAUUUCAAAACAAGCUUCAAAUGUAUGGGGACAUUGACCACUAGAUGAGUUUAAUUUCAUGUAAUCUUAGAACUUUAUAAUUGAUAGUCGUUUUUUUUUUCUUAUAAGAUAUAAAGUCAUUAUUAUUGAAUUCAUUGUACCAUUGUAUUCUUGAAUUUGAAUAGUAUUAUUUGCAUAUA